AUGAGGAGCGCACCUCUUGCGGCAAUAAUACUGCUUACGUGUGUCGCUGCAGUCUGCGCUAACGAUACGAGCCUGGCAGAACCAGUGAGUACUGACAACGACAGCGACAACGCAGAGCUCGGCGAAGACCAAGACGGCGAAGAUGGUCCCGCUUCUUUUAUGAUAGUGAUAGAGCACGGUGACGGGUGGCGGUGCAGCGGCUCCCUGGUGUCGCUGCGCACGGCGCUGACGUCGGCGUGGUGCGCGCGCGGCCGCCGCCCCGCGCCCGCCGCCGACCUGUGGGCGCUCGCCGCCGCCGCCGCCGCCGACGCCGCGCCGCCGGACGCGCGGCUGCACGGCGCCAGGCGCAUCGUACGAGUCGCCGUCGCCACCGGCGCCGAUGCGGAAGUGAACGACGAUUCGGAUCGGGGCGGAGAGUCGUGGCGCGGCGGCGCGAUGGACCUGGCCGUGGCGGAGCUGGAGAAGCCGUUCGGUCGCGCGGCGGCGGCGGUGCCGAUCCUGAUGGCGACCGCGGGCGAGGAGUGCGCGCCGCCGGCCGCGUGCCACGUGGCGCGCGCCGAGCCCCGCGCGCACUCGCGCCGCCUGCGCCUGCGCAUCGUGAGCGCGGCGCUGCAGCCCGCCGACGCGUGCGCCGCCGCCGCCCCGCACUGGGCCACCAUCAAAGAUCGUGCUCUCUGCCUUUUCGGUUCGGAACUCUGUGAGUUGUUUCCUUUGCCUGGUAAGUCGUGCGUGAUCGAGUCACGGUUUACCAGGUCUCAUUUCUCAGCAGAGGUUAAAGUAUUUUCCCCGCGCAUAAAAAAGAGCGAUUGGGGUUCGGGUGUGGUGUGCAACGGUAAGAUGUGCGGCGUGGUCAGUCGGUCUGUGCGCGCGGCGGGGGCGGGGGAGGGGGAGGGGGCGGGGGCCGCGGCGAUCGGUUGCGGCGACACGCACGCCGCGCAGAGCACCGCGCGCUGGCGGCGCUUCCUGCACUGCGCGCACACCCUGCGCGCCUGCGGCCGAGGCGGUGACUGUGCGGAGCUGUGCCUCGAGCGGCGGCUAGUAGAGGAGAACUCUCCUCCCCCCCGAGACGCCGACCCCGACCCCGACCCCACGCUUCCCGAUACUACUACCACUACCUCGCAGCCUCCAUCGCCUACCAUCAGCAUUCGUCGGCGUAAGAGAUAUAGAUAA